AAGCCUGCGUUGUUUCCUGACGGAAAGAAAUGUUCGACGUACUGAUGCACUUCCUGUUUUGUUUUGCUACUCCUUCGUACCUGUCGGCCCGGUUCUCCUUAAAAAUGGAGCCAUUCGCCCGGCAACGACACAACGACGACCACCCCGCGGAGAAACGCGCUUUUCCGCGACACCGGUGGACCUUAUAAACACUCCGAACCGGUGAAGCGCACUUCAAUAAGGGGGCUUUCAAGCCCACACAAGCCGCGGCGACAUGGCUCUCAGCUCGGGCGGCUGGGCUCCGCAGGUCCCUAUUCUCGGUUCCUCCCAACCCGGUGCCUGCGAGGGGCUGGCGGCCUCGGCUUGCUGCAGCACCGUCUUAAUGUCUGUUCGAGUGUCGGUGUCCCACUCCGGAAUCCGUCCCUUGUGUCUCCCGGGAGCAGACAGCGAAGCUCUGCGCCUCCAGCUCAGCAUGGACCCGAGCCGGGCCGGAGAGUUCCGGCUGGCCCUGAGGGACACCAGCGGGACCCGUAACGUGUUGGUAGAGUUUGACCUUCGCUCGGUUCAAUACGAGGUCAAAUCUCCUCGUUGCCACGAGAUGCGUCUGGUGGCGCCACCUCACGACUUCAUCCGCUUCACCUUCCGCUGCGACCGCGAGGCGGAGGAGUGGGCUACCGUGGUGAUGUCGUCUCUGCGAGAGGCCCAGCGAGUUGCAAACAUGGCCGCCUAUGACGCAGGCAGCAGGCAAACACAGAUGGACGCUUCUACAGAAACGUCCUCCUUACCGCUGGCUGAGGAGCUCUGCAAGGAGCUAACAAAGGCAGUGGAAGCAGGUGAUGCUCAAGCCGCCUCCCAGCAUGCUUCAGCGCUCGCUCACCAGAGAGCGUCGCUCACCAUCCAACUGGCGGAGACCAACUACACCGCUAGUGGAGAGAUCAGUCUGACUGUGGUGGUGGAGGACGUUUCUUCUUCCUGUUGUUUCACAGUCAAAGUCUUCCCCUACAUGACAGUGGCUGCACUCAAACAACAGGUGUUUGUGGAGUACAGCUUCCAUCCGCGGGUGCAGCGGUGGGUGAUGGGUCAGUGCCUGUGCACGGACCACAGGUCACUGGCCUCCUAUGGCGUGCAGAAGGACGGCGACACUGCCUACCUCUACCUGAUCUCGGCUCGCCAGGCCCGCAUCACUAGACAACUGUUCCAGCAGGACCUUGAGGGUGCUCUGGUGGCCCCGCCCUUUCCUCCCGCAAACGGGAGGGGCUACAGCACGCUGCCACCACGGCUAACCCACGGCAACCCGGAAAGCGGGGCAGGCGAUAAACCAGCUGACCUGCAGGUUGUUCAUGACAUGGGCAAUCUACAGCUAGUUAACCAGCCUACUAGAACACAGAAGGAGUGGGCGUGUCCCUCAUGCACUUUCAUCAACAAGCCUUCUCGUCCCGGCUGUGAAAUCUGCGCUACAGCCAAACCUGACACCAUCCAGCAGGAGAAAGUAAGGAUGAAAGACCGAGGCGAGCCGGCCUUAAGCAGCAGCAGCAGCAGCAGCAACAACAACAGCAGCAGUUGACCGCCCAUCAGCACCAUCAUCUGGUCACAUACACACACUGCUGUGCUAAUUCUACCAUCCAUGUUGUCCACUCUUACAAUGAUUGUCAAGUGCACUGAGAGUCCUGGCAGCUGAUUGGCUGUACAAAACACUUGAAGCACUGUAGCAUGAUGCACACACACACACACACACACACACACACACACACACACACACACACACACACACACACACACACACACACACACACACGUGUUUGGACAUUUUCAUGGACGUGACAAUUUAUUUUCAAUUCAGCCAAUGUGUUCAUAUGAAAGAGGGCCUAAUAUUUAUUGGAGGGGAAGUGCUGAUUACGUAAUAAGAUAUGUGCAGAUAUUAAAUUUCCGUUGUGGGCAAAACUGUGAAGUUGGCGGUGGUCGAGAGAGAGAGAGAGAGGACGUUUACAGGGUCAAGUGCUUUUUAAAAUGUAUUUUUUAUUGGGGUUAAUUUUUUUAAAUAAGACAUAAUUGAUGUACAUUUUAGUCGCUGAUUUGAUUUUAGUCCCUCUGAGUUGUGACAGCAAUGGAAUGAUGUUUUCAGUACAUGUAAAAAAAUAUGACAUUAGCUGAAUAAACACAAUGUAACAUAAACAACCUCAAUGUUCAGCUUUUUAACUGACAAAUACUUGCAAACAUUUCAAUUCACAAAUUAGACAAAAUGUAGAAUAACUUAUCAAAACUAGUAUAAAACAUACAGUUCUGUCAAACUGUACUUCCUACCCUCAAAAUAAAAAUAGUGCAGUAUUUUACA